AUGAACGAAAAUAAAAAGUUGGAAAUAAUUCGGAGCAUGCUGCACACCCUACUGGGGGACUCGGAGAAAGAAAGGAAAGACGACGAUGAUGUGGGAGAGGAAGAAGUAGCAGACGCAAAUAAUAAUCCUCUGCACUGCGCCCCUCGAGGUGACCACCGUAACGUUUGUAAUGAAACAGAGAAGGAACAAAAGGAAAAAAAUAAAUUGAAGAAAAAAUAUGUACAGAAAUCCAAAGAAGUCAUAUCUUUUUAUAGAAAUUAUAUGAACAAGUCAGAACAAAAAGAGCUGGAAAAGUAUGCAAAUCUUUACGACAUCGUUUUAAAUAAUUCCUUCGAACAUACAGAAAGGGACAGCAUAGACACGUACAUGUAUUGUAACGUCUUUCCUAUGUUAAAGAAAACGUUUGACGCAUUCGUUGUCUAUGUGUCCAAAUUAAAUGAACAUAAAAAUGAUGAAAGUUACACAAAGGUCAUAAAAAAUUUCGACCCAAUUUUAUUGUUCUCUCAAUAUAUUAUACGUUUGACGGAUGAGGACUUUUCACAAAGCGACAAGGACAACAGCUUAUUUGAAGAAGAACUUAAUGGAUGUUUUCCUACAGAGGAAGAUUUUCAAAAGAAGACGACUCUUGAAUUGGACAAACUUAUACAUGACGAGUGCUUCGUUACCGCUGGUGGGAUGCAUACCAAUGUAACUGACCUGGGUCAUACUGAUGGGAAAAAAACGGAUGCAGAAUUGACGCAAGUUGAAAAAGAAAUCAACGAUUUUUACAACAACUAUGACAUAGUAGCGCAAGAGAACAAACUGAAAAGGUGGGAAAAAAGAAGGGAUAUUUUGAGGUCCAUUUAUAGCAACAAAAAUGUUUUAUCAGCUGAAGAAAUAGCCUUGUAUAAUUCGUACUAUGAGGAACGUAUAAAAGUGAGGGGCAAAAAGGUGCUAGCUGGUAGGCGCGACUCCUCACUCAUCCUGAACUUUGCUACGACAAACUCGUUUGGAAAUGUCGCUGUGACGCCUAAUGAGUUUAACAUAACGCUUGAUUUGGAGGAGACACGAGGGGGGACACGUGGUGAUGCAAAAGAAAAGGGUGGAGAAGUACAGGUUAAGGAGAAGGGUCACCUGAACGUGGCGAACCCCCCUGGCGAUGCCCAUCCGGAUGAAGUCGGCGAUAACCUGGAUGAACUAAUAAAACAACUGGAGCGAAGGGAAAGCUCCUACUUUGAAAAGAGGAUACACUUUGUGUUAGACAAAUGGGUUCGAGAAGAAGACGGACGCAGACUCAUAAUCAAACAAAAGGAUAAAAUAAAAAUCAUCUUUGAUGAAUUUAAAAAGAAAAAUUACACCAUCACAGAUAAAGACAUCAUUCCAUUGCUAUUCUUCAUAGACAAAAAAUUAUUUCUUAAUUAUACCCUUGUGCAUCAGUACAAUUUUAAUAACUUCCAUUAUAUUUUUUAUUUACAUUCUUCUUUUUAUUGUUCUGAUACGAAUAGCAUCACGUUUGAAGAAUUGUGGACUUUCCUUGUUUCUAACUUGCCUCUAAAUUCCCACUUGUAUAAGGAAGACAUUUUAAUUGGGCUGGACAAAUUUUACAGAAAAAAAAAAAUCCUCCGAAAUUUUCAGUUCACCAUCACUUUUGUAAAAAACUUCCUUCUCUUUCUCUUGAUGGACAUGUUUUUAUUCCUUUCCCGUUUUGUCAAGCAGGAGUUAAGUCACCACCCCCUUGGGCCUCUUAGCCGGAGCUGCAGUGGAAGCAUUGGGGCGGGUAUUGCUCUAGGGAGCAAUUUUUACCUCCAUAUGAACUCCCUUUCGCCCUUCUUCUCCUCCUCCGAGGGGUCCUCCACUGAGGCGUUGGCCUCAGUUUGUGCACCUGCCUGCUCCAUGCAUGGCGACAACAGCACCCAAGUAAUAUACGGGGGGGAUGUCCUCCCUGAGAAGGGCGCAUCCAAGGAAACACUUCCCCCAUUUUCACCCAAUGAAGAGGAGCAAUUGGGACCCAGCCAAAGCGAAAACAAAUCACAAACGUUACACCCCGAGGGGUACGUGAAAAGAAAUCUGCUUCUCCACCUGCUGAUGCUCCUCUGGGGAAUCAACAUAAAGGUGGAUGGGCUGCAAGAGGAGGUUCUCAUUUCGGACGAGUUGUCCACCGACAUGGAGGGGGAAGCGGCGGAUGAGACAGACGCAAUAGACGCGAUGGAUGCGGAUGGCGCAGUUGGGCACGAUACCUCGGCGAAGCACUACGAAGACGCACAUGCUUCAGGGGGAGGCGGCAAACCGUUACAUAGACCGCCCUACGAACACAUUUACCCACAGCGCAAAAAGGACGCACACGAAUGCACCUGCAGAAGUGACGGAGAAGUGGCAAAAAAAGGAAUUACAAACAGAAUUGCAAAAAGAGUGUCACCCAAAAAAAGGAGCUUCUCAAUCGACGGAAGGAACAAACAGUACAAUUUGAAAAAAACAUCAGUGGAAGACGCAAUUAGGAAUAAGAAAAAAAUAAAUGAGGAUGAAUUAGAAGAAGAAAAAAAGAAGAAACAAAAAAAACGUGCUCAUGAUAUGUAUACAUUACAAAAAAUAUAUAAAAAAAAGAAGUAUAAAAAAAAACUCUCCAUUUUGAUGCACUCUAUUGUUAAAAAUAUUAAGCCGAAGAAAAAAAAUUAUUAUAAUAAGCUCCUUGAAAUGCUAAAUGGCGGUGCGAAGAAGCAGGUCUUUUGGGACCUUUUUCUUUUCCCACUGGAAGGUUAUGAACAAUUUACCACAGAGUAUGAUAUAGGAUGGACACUGAACGGUGUAGACGGCACCACGGCCAUGAGCACUGAUGGGUGUUCAACAUUUCGUGAAAGCGCAAGCGGCGGAGGAAGUAACAAGCAUUUAGGUGACACGUGUCCCGAUGCCCACUCUUUUGGGAGCACCGAUUCAUCGCCCCAUCCCUGCGGAAUGCACAUUUUGAAGGGAGAAGGCGGAGACCCCUCUAAAAUUCCCUUCUUCCCAGAAGAUGAAAUUUUCCCGCAAGUGGAAAAUUUCAUUCAAACGUACAUCAAAAAGGGAAGGAAAAAGAGGUCCUCCGACGGGGAUCACAAAAUGGGGGACACGACAAUGGAGGAAGUAAAAUCAAGUCCAUCUACCAACAAAAGUAGCAGUUCAUCCAUCCGGCUCCUGUGCAAUUUCAGAUUGUACAAGAAAAAAUUCCUCAAUAAAUUUACAACGGAGCGUAUUUACCUGCUACUCCUUUUUGUGUGUUACGUGAACAAAACCAUGAACUCUUUUUUCCUGCGGCGCGCAGCCACCAAGGGGAAUUGA